AUGGCACCGGACAUUGUGGAGACCAACGCCGCGGGCUCGAGUGCUUCUUUUUCCAUGGACCGGAUUCGGCUCGAGGCCAUCGAAAGCCGACGUCAGGAAUGCACGAAGGCAAUCAACGAAAGGAAAAGGAAACUGGCCGAGCUCUACUGCGUCUCACGACUGCCGCUUCUGCCUAUAUCCAAUGACCAAGUGUUACAGAUCGAGGACAAGCUGAUGUCUUUUCUAGAAAAGAACGAUUUAGAAAACGGACACGAGUUCAACAUUGCCAUUCUAUCCCAUGAAAACCAGCAGAGACGACUCUCGCCGCCCCAGAAUCAGAUUCUUACAGAGACAUCAGAGGUCAAGGAGCCUGCUGCAAAACGACAAAAAGUGGACGCUCAGGUAAGCCACCGGGAGGUGGCUCCUGUAGACGCACAAAAAAAGAUGCAGGGAGUGCCCUUGGCUACUAGGCAACCACAGCCAGGCUCGUCUCUUCAGGAGGGCUCGCUACAAUCUUUGAUUCACUCCUAUGAGCAGGUCCAGCCGCCUAGAAGGAGUGAUGAGAAGUCCAAACGUGAUCUGGAUUAUGAGGAUCUCAGCUUAGAUCAGCUGAUGAUCAUGUUAAUGCCCGAACUCAAGCCCCACAAAGUGCCAGAGGCACGCUCUUUGACAGAAUUGUAUUAUCACCAGCAGACGCUGCAGCUACCCAAACUGUUACUCAGAGCUCACAAAUCCCUUACCACCGACUCUUAUGAAACUGCUCUGGUAGAGGGAAAGAUCUCCGUAUUGUAUUCACGCAUGGAGGAAUUGAAACGCAAACACAGUUGGUCCCUGAGACAGCCGAAGAAGUUCUUGGAUCCUUUUUUGGCUACCGGAAAGAAAACGCAUUGGGAUUAUCUGCUGUCGGAGAUGAAGUGGUUGGCUACUGACUUCAAGCAGGAGAGAAGGUUUAAAAUGGUUCAAUGCUAUUAUAUUGCCCAAGCGGUCAAGGAAUAUUGGAAAUAUGGAAAGGUAUGUUGUGUGCGAAGAAAACAAGCUCGACUUUUAAGCGAUAAAGAGAUUGAAGAACGCAACCUGUCGAAAGAACUGGCCCCUAUAAACGGUUCUGAGACUACUGAAGUCUCAGAGAAAGUUGAAGAAGAGCCAGUGGAACUUGCCCAAAAUACAGAGAACAAAGCGGAUAAUGCAGCAAACACACAAAUCGAGUCGGUCACUGUGAAACCAGAGUCGGAAGAGAAUGCAAAGACACAGGAAUCGGAAAUUAAUGUGGAAAUGACUAAGGAAGUUAUUGUUCACGGCAGUAUCGAGUCUGUUAGUAACACAGAAACUUUACUAGAGGAGCAGCCUACUGUUGACCCAUCUCAUCUGCUUUCUUUCAAUGAUACCGCAUAUCCCAGUAAGGAAUAUGAAGAGGUGAAACGUCACCAGGAAGAAAUUCAGCCAUUCAAGAUGUACGCAGAUUUGGACCAGUUCAAUAAAACCGAGACAACUGUGAUUGAAAGUCUGUCUUCUUACGUUCCAUUUAGACAAACUGAGAAGGAUCAUCUUAUCGAACGUUACGAAUACGGUCACAUCUCUUCGAUGCUGCCUCCUGCUGAUGAAGAGCCAGAUUGGGAAAAGAUAGUUUUGAAGAAGAAGAAGGAGACAGAGAAACACAGCGUCCCUUACCAAAAAGGAUUAUUUUCUCCAGCGUACAGGCGUUUCAACAUCCUGAAACCUCCUGCUCCUCCUUCCAUUAAAAAUUUAGAGCUUCGCAUCCCAACUAUUUGGCUUCCACAGGACGACAAGUAUCUUAUCAGGUAUGUGACGGACUUCUCAUUCAAUUGGAACAUCAUUUCAGCUCAUCUGUCUGCUAAACCGACAAGAAGUUAUACCUCGAACAUCGAGCGGCGCACUCCAUGGCAGUGUUUCGAAAGAUACAUCCAGUUGAAUGAUAAAUUCCAGUUUUCUGAUAUGAGGGGUCUGUAUCCCAUGGCUGCCAAAGAGUGGCUGGAGGCAGCACACAAGGUUCAGAUCUCCACAAAACGACGGAUCUCGCCUCUUGGAGUUGGUAUCGAAUCUAUUCAAAGAGGACAUAGACGGCUGAGAUGGGGUUCCAUGUUUGAUGCGAUGCGGAAAUUGAUGAAGAAACGCGAGAAUGUUCAAAAGCCUCCUCAGCAACCACGAAAGAACAACUCAGAGGAGAAAAGAACGGAUACGCCAACUCCUGAACAACUGUCGAAGCUCAAGUUCGAACGUGAUCGGGCAAUCCAGGAAGCCUAUGCUCAGGGAAGUGGUAAUGGAAACUUCACUAGAUUGCGUGUUCCGCCGAACGCUCAUCAACUGGCAACAGGAGCCGGCAAGUCUCCAUUUUCUGCUGACGGCCAAGCCAAUGCUGGGUCAUCGGCUGCUGCACAGGCGACAAUGAAUGGAAGACGGCAGUUUUCCAACAAAAUGGCUCCUCAGGCCAGUGCUUCUCCCGAAGCCCAACAGGCUCAAAUGCGUGCCAGCAGUCCCCAAGUGUACCAGCAACAGGUUAAUCAGGGCGGUCUGCAGAUGCCGACGGGUCCUGGUGGAGCGCCUCUGCCUGAGCAGGUUCAGCAGCUGAUGAUUCAGCGUCAACGGCAGAUGAUGCAGCAACAGCAGCAGCAGGCCAACAAUUCCCGACAAUCAAGUAGACCGCCCUCUUCGUCCAUGAGCUCGCCCGUGUCGACACCAACACCCCAACAGGUUUUACAGACGGCAGGCAAUGCGGGAUCUCCUUCUCAAGCGUAUUCGCAGGUGCAGUUGCAACCGGGUCAGUCUCCGGAGCAGAUGCCACAGAUGAACAUAGCACCAUCCCAGGGGUAUCCUGUGCAGCAUAUGGGCAGCAAUGCCCCAUCUCCCCAGGACAUGCAUGCCAAUGCGCAGCUUUCUCAGCAGCCGCGCCCAGUGUCGCGUGUGAACUUCACCACGUCGCAAGUGUCUGCCAUCAUAAACCAGAUCCAAACUCAAAACCCAAACCUGCCCAAAGAACAGGUGACUCGUUUGGCGGUCGCUUACCUAGCUAACUACCAGCAAAAUCAGAAUAGAGUUGCGGAUCAGACAGGACAGCAGCCUGGAAAACAGCCCCUGGCUCCUUCUAACGGAGGUGCAAUUGCUGGACAAUUGAACACUCCGACAAAACAAGGCCAGCCUUCUCAGGGGACGCCGCCAGCGCAAGCAGGCCAGCCCUUGACUCCACAGCAGCUCGCCAUGUUUGCCAACAACCCUAAUCUGACUCCGCAGCAACGCAAGCAGAUCCAGGUCCUACGGCAGCAUCAGUUGCAACAUCAUCAGAGAAGGCAGCAGCACGUGCAGCCGCCAGGAGAUCCACAAAGUCCUGUGCCGGCAACUCCACAGCCCGUGCAGUCGGCCCCGUCGAAUGCGAAGAAAUUGAACUCGUCGGCGAUUACAACACGGUUCUCGCCCCAGCCAGGUACCAAUGUGGUACCGGUGGUGAACCAGCAGUCGCCGUCAGUGCCGUCAUCGGCAAACAACAGCUUUGUGUCUUCACCGACAAUGAAAAACAUGAGAUGA